AAGAACCCCACUACAGAACUUGAAAAUUACAACGUCGUCCAAAAAAAAAGUUUCGAUUGCAUCUCAAUUUGCGAGAAAGAGCUUGGAAACGCGGCAAACGCUCCUUUGACUCCGAAACGCACCCGCGAUCGCCCACUCUCCUCCGCACAUUCGACUAUCUGAGAAGAAAAGCAGGAAUAAACCGCAAUCAUGGCCGUCGACGCCGAACCGUUUCUUCACCUGUCGCGGCCUUUGGCGCCGACCACGUUGAAUUAUCAGCAUAAUAUUGCCCCGCUCUCCGUGAACAUCCAGCCUCAAGCCAUCCUCUCCAUCCUCGACCACGCCACCCGCCGUGACGUGCGCCCCGCGCCCACGUCCUCCUCGCGGGUUAUCGGCGCGCUGGUGGGCACGCGGUCCGAAGACGGCAGCGAGGCGAACGUAUCCUCGUCCUUCGCCAUCCCGCACACGGAGAACGAGGACCAGGUCGAGGUCGACGUCGAGUACCAGAAGAACAUGCUGUCGCUGCACCUGCGCGCGCACCCGCGCGAGACGCUGCUCGGGUGGUACACCACGAGCCACGAGCUCAACAGCUUCUCAGCGCUGAUCCAGAACUUCUUCGCCUCGCCCGAGACCGGCACCUUCCCGCACCCGGCCGUGCACCUGACCGUCUCCGCCGAGCCCGGCGCCGACGUCCGCACGCGCGCCUACAUCUCCGCCCCCGUCGCCGUCAACGCCGAGCGCGCCUCCGAGUCCUGCCUCUUCAUCCAGGUCCCGCACAAGCUCGCGCACAGCGACGCCGAGCGCUCGGCCCUGGACCUGAUCUCGUCGGCGCGCGAGACGGAAGCGCGCUCCGCGCCCGUCAUCAGCGACGUCGAGUCCUUGACGCGCAGCCUCGAGCACACGCUCGACCUGCUCGACCGCGUGUCCGAGUACGUCGGCGGCGUGAUCGACGAGGAGCGCGAGCCCAACAACGCGCUGGGCCAGUACCUGAUGGGCGCGCUGUCCCUGGCCCCCAAGGUCGACCCGUCCAGCAUCGAGUCCGACUUCAACAACCACAUCCAGGACGUGCUGAUGGUCAGCUACCUGGCCAACAGCAUCCGCACCCAGAUCGACCUCUCCCAGCGCCUGGCCACGGCCGUGCUGGCCACCGACGACAGCAAGGCCGAAGGCAAGGAAGGCGAGAAGGACGGCAAGCCCGAGCGAGGCGAGCGCGGCCAGCGCGGCGGUAAGAGAGGCGGACGCGGAGGACGUGGCGGAGGCGGCCAGCAGCGGGGAGAGCCGCGGGAGAACGGCGAGUGAAGCAGCUGCCUUCGUCCCAGCGCGUCCCCAGACAUAAUUCUUCGUCAGUAGAGAAGGGCUAGG